UUGAUAAAAAUUAAUUUUAAAAAAUCGAAUAUAGAUCGAUUAGCGAAUGCGAAUGAUCAAAUCAAUCAGUUAAAUGCAGAAAAUGAAGAAAAGAGAAAACUUAUAAGUCGUCUUGAGGCGGAUAUUAUCAAUUUCCAAAUUGAUAAUCGCGGAUGUGUGAAUACAAUUGAAGAUGAAAAAUUAAUUGGACAUGAUUCGUCGUUAAGCGAAAUUUUAUCAGAAGAUAUCAAUGAUAACGAAAAAGAUGAAAAUUUGAAAGGAAAUGUUUUAAAAAUUGUUAUUUCUCAAAGAGAUCGACUUAAAUCGCGUUACGAUGAAAUUCAUAAUGAAUUAACGAUUUGUAAAGAGAAUAAUAUUUUAUUAAAACAUGAAUUGGAGAAAACACAAGAAGAUAAUGUGAAUUUAUAUGGAAAAAUUAAAUUCUUACAAAGUUAUAAUAAUAAAAAUAAUCAGGUAUUUCAGGUAAAGGAUUCGAAUGUAAUUGAUAUUGAAGCACGUUAUGAAUCGGAUUAUGAACGGCAUCUCGAUCCUUUUAGAAAGUUUCAUAUACAAGAAGGUAAACGUAAAUAUGCGCAACUACGUCCUCAUGAUAAAGCAGCAUUAUCUUUGGUUUGUAAAAUUAUAUUUUACAUUUUUAGAUUUUUGGCUGAAUACGGAAAAUAUACGCUUGAUAUUCUAAUUAAUUGUUCUAUUGUAUUUGCGGUAACUUUGGUUCCUUCAAAAUCCUAUAAAUGGAAAUUAAAUAAUGAUUAA